GGUUGAUUGGGUGCCUUUUCCAAGGUUGGAAUAUGAAAGUCCUGGAAUGCACGUGUAGCAUCAAUUGACUUCCUCACGAAUCAACAACCUCCUCCCACUUUUGGACUCAGGAAUCAUCAACUCAUCUGAUUGCACUCUACAAAUAUCAAGGAAGGAGGAGUGAUAAAAGCUGCAGUUGACGUCUUUGACGUUGGCUACCUGCAGAAUGUUAAGCGCACGUCAACUUCAAGCCAGCAACCGACUACCCGAACACACGCACUACGGGAGUGUGCAUUCGGCGUCAGUCUACCCCUCUCAUUCUUAUAAACGUAUAAAUACAAGUUCCAUUUCCUCCCUCGUGUUAUGUUGCUUCCUUAUUCAACUAGGCGAAGUUCACAAGUCAAUCGUUUAAACCUCUUCUUCUCGACGCGCCGAACCUUCCACUCGCUAAGCCUCACCCUACUGCUCGCUAUGGCGUCCCUCUCGACUUGCCUUAUGCUGGCUUAUGCCUUCCUGGGCUUCUCGAGUCUGAGUACUGUUGGUGCUGAGGUUCCUGGUACUCCGGAUGUGUCGCCGAGUUUGCAAGAUAUUCUGGACAAGGCGCAUAAGGGCCCGUUGUAUACUUAUCCAACAAGUCUCACGCAGGGAAUUAUACCGAAAGGCAUACAUUCUCAUAAUGACUACUGGCGAGAUGUACCACUCUACAGUGCAUUGUCAGUGGGAGCUAUCUCCAUCGAAGCAGACGUAUGGCUGUACAACGAUACGCUCUUCGUCGGACAUGAGAUUAGUGCUCUCACCAAGCAACGUACCUUUGAGUCACUGUACAUCAAUCCUAUCUUGGAUGUGAUCAAGCGCCAAAACCCGUCAACGCCGUUUGUGAAUGAGAAGACCCUCAACGGUGUUUUUGACACAAGUUCCGGGCAGACGCUGUAUCUGUUUGUGGAUCUGAAGACCAGUGGAGCGAGUACAUGGCCUGUUGUUAUCAAGGCAUUGGAACCACUACGCGCUGCUGGAUAUCUCUCCUCCACAAAUGGCACCCACUUUACCAGCCGUCCCGUCACCGUGAUCGGCACCGGAAACACACCACUCUCACUCGUCCAGCCGAUCGAGGAGAGAGACUAUUUCUGGGACGGGCCCCUCCCAACUCUCAACACCACAUUCUCCAACAUCACCUCUCUCGUCUCACCCAUAGCUUCCUCCAGCGUAAGCGCUGCUCUCGGCAGUACCGUUCUUGGCACUGGCUUGAACGACACGCAACUUGAAAUCCUCAGAGGGCAAGUGGCGACGGCACAUGGGAAGGGUAUCAAGGUUAGGUAUUGGGAUCAGCCUGGCUGGCCUAUUAGUACGAGGAACGGGUUGUGGAGACAAUUCAGGACAGAGGGAGUGGAUUUGAUCAAUGUGGAUGAUUUGGAGGCUGCUGCCGGUUUUGGCGAUACUUGGUAAUGAUGAUGAAACUACGACUGGCUUUGUGUAUUUAGAAUGGGAAAACUGGCAAGGAUAGGUAUUACAAAGAAGAUAAUUAAUGAACAUAUGAAC